AUGCCACUUUUUCCUGCAGCAAAAAUGCUCACAAAAGUGCAAACAAAAAUGGACAUAAUCAAGAAUAAAAUUUGGGCAACUAUUACCGAAAUAAGGAAUAAAAAUACAUACAUAUGUCUGGCGAGUACAAAUUUGGACAAAUCUGAAUCAAUAAUAAAAUGGACGGCAUAUGUUUCGGACACGGAAGAACUUUGCACAGUGGCAUUGUCGAAAGCUGAAAUGGUUGCACAUCGAUCCUUCUGGUUGUGCCAAGCUGUAUUGGUAGUAGUGGCAUUGGUAACGAAAGUUGUGUGGAUUGGUGGUGUUAGGAAGGACAAAGUGUUGGAACGGUGCAUUGUGCAAGUUAGCAGUAAGGUUUUUUCUGAUAUAUCAGCUUACGAAAAAAGCAUUGUUUAUAAGAAGCACAGAGAUAUAAGAGAAAUGGAGGAAGACGAAAUUAGUGUUGAAAGUGAAGAAGCAUUGCGGCAGGAAGAUAUUCUGCGUGUUGUUAUUAUGGAUGAUAAUACAGAUAGUCAUAUUGGUGAAUCUGAUGAAGAAAGCAACAACUGUUUGCAAGUUGACGAAUUAUUAGGUUUGCGCAAACUUUUUUCUUUUAUUAGUGCAAGAUUAUGUGGAAUUUCAAAAAUUGAGCAAUCAAACUUUUAA